AUGACAGUCGCGUACGAUUUAACCCACCGAGGGUCUUCGACCCCUCAAGCUUCACAAGGACAAGCGUUGGAAGACAGGUUCGAAGUAUUGAAAGAUAUUGGGGAUGGAAGCUUUGGUAGUGUUGUUCUAGCUCGAGUACGCGGGGCAGGAGCCAGUGUAGCUCGACGUGGGACAAUCAUUGCUAUCAAGACGAUGAAGAAGACUUUUGAAUCAUUUCAACCAUGUCUAGAACUACGAGAAGUCGUAUUUCUAAAGACAUUACCACCUCAUCCACACCUCGUCCCAGCAUUAGAUAUAUUCCUCGAUCCUUUUACGAAGAAGUUACAUAUUGCCAUGGAGUACAUGGAUGGAAACUUGUAUCAAUUGAUGAAGGCUCGUGACCACAAGUGCCUGGAUGUUUCUAGUGUCAAGAGUAUCCUCUUCCAAAUCAUGCAAGGACUCGAGCACAUUCACGCUCACCAGUUCUUUCAUCGCGACAUCAAACCAGAAAAUAUUCUCGUUUCCACAUCAGCACAGGAUUCAGGGAACUCGUUCCGACGAUACUCUGCUAUGGUUACUCCUCCUUCUACACCGCCAGCUUACACAGUCAAGAUUGCCGACUUUGGUCUUGCACGAGAAACUCAUUCGAAGUUACCUUAUACAACCUAUGUAUCAACAAGAUGGUACAGAGCGCCAGAAGUAUUAUUAAGAGCAGGGGAGUACUCAGCUCCAGUGGAUAUUUGGGCAAUUGGUGCUAUGGCAGUGGAAAUUGCAACUCUGAAACCUUUAUUCCCUGGAGGUAACGAAGUCGAUCAGGUCUGGAGAGUGUGUGAAAUCAUGGGCAGUCCAGGUAACUGGUACAACAAGGCUGGCGAGAGAGUUGGUGGAGGUGAUUGGAGAGAAGGUACGAGACUGGCCGGCAAACUUGGGUUCUCAUUCCCAAAAAUGGCGCCACAUUCCAUGGACACGAUUCUUCAGACGCCUCAAUGGCCAGCAUCAUUGGCAAAAUUCGUCACGUGGUGUUUGAUGUGGGAUCCUAAAAGUCGCCCAACAUCAACUCAGGCUAUGGCUCACGAAUUCUUUACCGAUGCUACGGAUCCAUUAAGGCCCAAGUCAUCAUCCAGGAUACUGGGUCGCAAACAUUCCGAUCUAAGCUAUCGUAGCUCAAAGGAAUUCUCUGACGCCACACCAGCUGCAACAGCAAAACCUUCCUGGUUUAGGAAAUCCCUUAUCGGUAGAAACGAUAAUUCUAACACUGCAGCAAUUCCAACAAAGGAGAAAGAGAACGUGGCAUCUAAACCUUCACCGGUGCUUACAGCUACAAUUAGUGAAAUCCCCGUCGCUAAGACACGUCAGCCUGCGGCAAAGCGGUCAACAUGGGCUUCCGGAGCUACUAAUGCAGCGCCAAUGCCGAUUUUACCGACAAUUAAACCAAUCUCGCCAAUCUCUGAUACUGCAACAGCACAAGCAAACAGCAGAACAUCAUCGUACAAUGAUCUCUAUUCUGGACAAAAUGAUAAAGGUUCGAAGAAAAUUGGUCGUCAAUUAUCAGUUGCCUCGAGCACGAAUCAUUAUGCAGAAAUUCAUCGACAGCAAGCUGAAAUGGCAUUGAAUGGAAACUCAGGUCUAGUAUCUCCUCCAAGUGGCCACAAGGAAAGUUUCUUUUCUCAUUUAAGGAAACGUGCGAGAAGGUUCUCUGGUCGACAAUCUACAACUCCUAUGUCACCGAAAUCAAUGGACCUUGAAGCACAGGCUGGAUGCGGACCUUGGUCGAGCAAUAGAUCAUCGAUGGUAUUGGAUAGCAAUCAGCCUGCGAGUCCUGCUCCGCAAAAAGUCGAUUCUUCUGAGGCAUUAGACAAGGCAUUGCGUAACGUACAGCAAAAUUUGGAUUCACCACAAAGUACCAAUUGCCCUCCUAUACCACCAAGUCAUCAAAUCAAUCCAAGUAGUGUUUUAAAGAGACAUCACUCUGUGCCUCAUCAACAAGCACCGCGUUCGACUGCCGAUAUUCCAAGAUCUGUUGCACCCAUACCUACUAGGAACAGGAGGAGCCAAAUACCAGGGGUUCAACAAUACGAGACUCCUGAUGAGGAAGACGAAUUGCUUGACGAAGCUUCAAUUUCCACGAAAACAGUGAAACGCGGAAAUUCAGUGCAGACCGAUCAUCGACAACCAUUAAGACAAUCACAUAGUAAUACUGGUUUAAAUCCAUACCCUACGCCCUCCCCGUCCGCUAAUGGUAAUUCGGUACUCUUUGGCCAAGGUUUAAACAAUGCUUCACCAACUCCAAAAAAUCAUGGAUCUAGCAAGCAAUCCUCAACACCACCAUAUGAUUAUGAGGAAAACGAGUGGGCAGCAUCUGCUGCUGCUAGUAUAUUCGCGGCACAAAAUCGAUUCUAG